AUGCAGCGAGAAGAGCGAGCCGACGAGCGUGACGAUGCCGAUGCGCAGUCGGGCAGCGGGCGAGCGCGGUUCGAUCCGGGAGCGAGGAAGAGUGUCGUAAGGAGCGAGCGCAAGAGGACGAGCAGGACAACGCAGCGGGGGAGGAGAAAGAAAACCUUGGCGUGGGCGAGACAGCAACGAGAAGAACGGGACUUACUUGAACAGCCAUGGCAAUAA